GACUCGAAGCCGCGCACAGCGUCACUUCACAGCCCGGACCGUGGUCCUGAAGCGGCUCGGAUCCUCCUCCAGAAUGUUCCGAGAGGUUCGGCUGAUCCGGAUCACCUGCUGUUCCGGAGGCUUGUAAAGGUCCAGCGGAACCACUUGGUUCUGGUUCAGUUUCCAACCGGAGGACUGAGUCCGGAGUCCGGGACCGUAAAUCGAGUCACAGAGACGAUGAGGAAUUAAAGAGGAACAACAAGACAAGUGGAAGAAAAAGUCCCGAUUUAGACCGAAAGUGAGAAGAGAAUGUCCGCGGCGGAGACGUUCCGACGGAUUCUGUGUUCUCUGUCCCUGCUGGCUGUCAUCCUGGACCUGCAACUAGACGGUGUCCUGGGGGUGACUCAUGUUGAGAUAGAGCACCACUUGGAGAUGGGCCGUAAGCUCCUGGCAGCCGGUCAGCUGGCCGAGGCCUUGUCCCACUACCAUUCUGCUGUCGAGGGAGACUCUAAGAACUACCUGACCUACUACAAACGAGCAGCAGUUUUUCUGGCCAUGGGGAAAUCCAAGUCUGCCCUGCCUGACCUGACCCGGGCCAUUCAGCUGAAGCCCGACUUCCUGGCCGCCAGGCUGCAGAGAGGGAACAUCCUCUUAAAGCAGGGCCACACCCAGGAGGCCAGGGAGGACUUCGAGGCAGUGCUUGAACGUUCUCCGGACCAUGAAGAGGCUGGAGGGCAGCUGAUGAUGGUGACCGAGCUGGAGGAGCUGCAGGAGGAGGCCCACGAGGCAUACCACCAAGGAGACUACAGCACCACCAUCAGCGUGCUGGAGCGGGUCAUCGAGAUUUCUCCUUGGGAUCCAGAGUCACGGGAGCUUCGUGCAGAAUGUUACAUCAGAAUGGGCGAUCCACAAAAAGCCAUCCAGGAUCUGACUCCAACCACGAAGCUGCGGAACGAUAACCGCGCCGCCUUCCUGAAGCUGAGCUUGCUCCACUACAGCCUCGGCGAGCACCACGAGUCCCUCAGCCAAAUCCGAGAGUGCCUGAAGCUGGACCAGGACGACAAAGACUGUUUCAGCCACUACAAGCAGGUGAAGAAACUCAGCAAGCAGCUGGACUCUGCAGAGGAGCUCAUUCAGGAGGAGAGGCUUCAAGAGGCCAUUGAGAAGUAUGAAUCAGUGAUAAGGAUGGAGCCAAACGUCCUUCAUUACAUCAACCUGGCCAAUGAGAGGAUCUGCUUCUGCCUCGUCAAGCUUCAGCUGGCCGAUGAAGCCCUCGAUGUGUGUUCCGAAGCUCACCAGAGAGACCCUCGUAAUGCCAACGUGCUCCGCGACCGAGCCGAGGCUUACAUCCUCAACCAGGACUAUGAGAAAGCGGUGGAAGACUACCAGGAGGCCAGAGAGUUUGACGCCGACAGCAAUGACAUCAGAGAAGGGCUGGAGCGGGCGCAGAAGCUGCUCAAGAUGUCACGCAAGAGGGAUUACUACAGGAUCCUCGGAGUCAGCAGAACCGCCAACAAGCAGGAGAUCAUCAAAGCCUACAGGAAGUUGGCACAGCAGUGGCAUCCGGACAACUUCCAGUCGGAGGCGGAGAAGAAGGAAGCAGAGAAGAAGUUUAUCGACAUCGCCUCGGCUAAAGAAGUCCUCACCAAUCCAGAGAUGAGGCAGAAGUUUGACACGGGUGAGGAUCCUCUGGAUCCAGAGAACCAGCAGGGUGGCGGCGGCGGACAGAGCUGGCCUUUUCACUUCAACCCGUUUGAGUCCGGCGGCUUUCACUUCAAGUUCCAGUACAACUAGAGACUUUCAGAACACUGAGGAACAUUUGUGGAGUGUUGAGACAACAGAGGGACGUCUGCGAAUCAACUCUGGAGUCGGAACCUACCCGCCGUCUUGGCUCUGCCCGAGUUUGGCAGAAUAUUUAAAUGUUGAUAAUUUGCACAGCUGUGGAUUGAGCCACACGCUGACCACACCUGGACUUCCUGCAGCACCCACCGAGCACCUUACCGCGGCUGAAUGUGUGGACGACGCUGAACUGAUGUCUUAUGUGAGCGGGUGGCAGGGGAACGUUCUGAUUGAGGUCUUGCUUUGUGCCAUUCUUGACCCUUUUCUCAAAGGUCACUCUUCUUAUCGCAGUUUUCCCGCUUGCAGUGUUUGUUUAAAUCAUAACGUUGGCUCCUCUUGUAUCUCUGAACCUUCUGAUGAGAGAAGCAGCGUUUUUAUAUCUGCAGAGUUUAACGGUGAGUAAAUUAAACUUCGGUGCUGUUGCAGGGGGAAACGUUUGUUGUUACACAUGAAUCCCAUAUUUGAGAAGAUUUAUUUAUUUAUUUUUCCCACCUGCAAACAUCAUGAAUGUAACUUAAUUUGACAGAAACCUUUAAUGCAGCCAAGUUAAAAACUUUUGUUCUUUUUCUUUCAUCUCAAUCUUUACAAAGUUGCACUUUAUGCUGUUAAAAA